AUGCGCAGCCGACCGGCCUACCCUUCCAAGGGUAUCACCUUUGUUAGAAAUGAUGCCAAGGUCUUCCGGUUUUGCCGCUCAAAAUGCCACAAGAACUUCAAAAUGAAGCGUAACCCCCGCAAGCUGAAGUGGACCAAGGCGUUCCGCAAGGCAGCGGGCAAGGAGAUGACAGUGGACUCGACGCUGGUGUUUGGGGCGCGCCGCAACGUGCCCGUCAAGUACGACCGCGACCUGGUCAACAAGACGCUCAAGGCGAUGGAGCGCAUCUCGGAGAUCCGGCAGCGGCGCGAGCGCGUCUUCUACAAGCAGCGCAUGGCGGGCCGGCGGGCCCAGGAGCUGCGCGAGGCGCGCAAGCUGGUCGCCGAGCACGAGCACCUGCUCCCUGUCAUGCGGGCCAGCGAGCGCAAGAGGCUGGAGGCGGAGCAGGGCGCCGCGGCGGUGGAGGAGGCCGAGGUCGGGAAGAAGAGGAAGAACGUUGCCAAGGUGUUUGGCGGAGAGGUCCGCAGGAGGAGGAUCACGACGGAUGGCGAUGUCGUGGAGGAGGUCGAGCAGGUGGGCGGCCGGGCGGUGGUCGACGAGGGCGACGAGGACGACGAUGCCGAGGACGACGACUUCGACGAGGAUGACGAUAUGGACAUGGACAGAUGA